AUGCCCAGAGCACUCAUCAGUGCUUCGUUCUUUCUCUAUACUUUGGCCAACGCCAGCUUCGUUCUCUUUCCGAAGUCCAGCGUCGAAAACGCAGGCUACUCUGACGAAUGUGUCGAUGCUCUCUCCACAAACAUCACCCAAUGUAAUAAUGCCGUUUCUUCGUUUGAUCCCAACACUGCCUACUCUCAGAAGAUUCUAGCGUUGGGCUGUACUGAUAAGUGUGGGUCUGCUCUGGUGUCUUGGGAGAAAAGCAUCAAGGAUUCGUGCCGUGGUGUGACCUAUGUUGAUGGUUACGGCAAUAACGUUCCUAUUUCCUCUGUUGCUUCUAUCAGAAGCUUCAACUUUAACCAAACUUGCAGGCUGAAUGAGGGCGAAUUUUGCAACACUGUUCUGGGCAACCUGACUGUAACUCCGAGCAACUCGUCCGCCGCAAAUGCCUGCAAUGAAUGCGCUCUUUUCAAGCUGCGUGAUACUGCUCAAUUCCAGUACAACGAUGGACCUUUGGUCUACUCCAAGGGGAUUUACCAGAGCUACACAUCGUCCUGCCUCUUUACUGGGUACCCGUUGACAGUUACACCCACGACAACGCCCAUGUCUCCUCCUGCUACAUCUUCGUCUUCUUCAGCGCCAGCCAAUACCCCUACCUGGACCUGCAGUGGCACAAAGUACAAUAUCAAGUCUGAUGAUACUUGCAACUCGAUUUCACUGUCCCAGGAUGUGGCUACUUGGCAACUUCUCAUGGACAACAACCUGCCCGCCUAUUGUGCUAAGUUUCCAAAGAAGGGCUCUCUUUGUAUCAAGAAUAAGUGUAAUGUAUACACUGUUCGGAGUGAUGAUACCUGUAGUUCUGUGUCUACUGCACACAACAUCAGCACUGUCCAGCUUCGUGCCUGGAACCCUUGGAUUGACACCGGAUGCUACAACUUCAACCGCACCAUUGGUACUCAAAUCUGUGUGGAUGAGCCGGGUCAGAAAUAUGUCCCUCCUGCCACUGCCACUACCAGCACGGGAUCUUCUUCCGGUGCUAACUCAGCAGUCCCUGUUCCAAGCAAUGCUGCAGCGAACACUACUAUCAGGUGCGGAGAGUACUAUGUGGUGCAGCCCGGUGAGGAGUGUGACAUCUUCACGACCAAGUUCGGGAUUUCUCUUCAGGACUUUGAAGUCCUUAACCCGGAAAUUAAUUCGAACUGCACUAAUCUGCUUUCCAACACAAGUUACUGUGUGCAACCUGUCGGAGAUAUAAAUUCCUAUCCAAAUGCCCCUGGUUACAGGGGCCCGGACCCUUCUGUCUCAAAGGUUCCCUUCACUAGUGUCCCUGAUUCCACAUACGCUCCCAUCUUUGUCAAACUCCCGCUCGCACCCAGAACCCGUGAGGGCUGCCUUACCUACGCAGAUGGAAGCACCCUGCAGUAUAAUAUGACAGGAGCCUCCGACUGCAAAGUAGCUGCCUACUUCUUCGAGACGACCGAGGCAGACCUGAAAAAAUGGAACCCUUCGCUUGGUAAAGGCAGUGGCUCGUCGAACAGCACUGACUAUUGCUCUUUCUCGAAGCAGUACCGGUAUUGCAUGGAUUACGAGGUUGCUUCCUCGACGGCUGCUCCAUCCACUACCCCUACUUCUACACCGGUUCCUGCUGCUACCAAGCACGCUCGUAGCCACAUUCGCGAGCACGCUCACAAGCACUGA